AUGCUCGGCGCCGCCGACGGGCUGGAGGGCGUCGGCUGGCCCCUAUCACCGUACUGCCGGGCCCACGCGUGCGGCCAGGAGGCGUGCGGCGAGAGGACCGCGGGGGCCUCGGGCUUCUGCCAGGCGCACGCGAGGUGUCGGCGGCCGGGUUGCGCGAACGGCGUCGACGCCCGCGCGCCGGACCCGACGUUGUGCGAGGAGCACAACCGCAACGGGCCUGGCCGGACGGUGCGGAGGGGGGUGUUGAACCUGGAGCCGUUCGGGUACGGGGGUGGUGGCGGCGGCGGCGGCGGCGGUGGUGGUGGAUGGCCUGGACUUGGGAACUGGGGGAUCAACGCUACAUUGUAA